GCCGUACGCGGUACACUACAUCUCGAAGCAACCCUUCUUCUCCUCCCAUAAAUCAGAUCCCUUUUUUUCCUCCUCUUGAAAAUCCUCUCCAAAUGAUGCCUCCAAAUUCAACCCAAUACCCUCAACAAUUCCUCUCCACUGUUCUCUCCCAACGUGGCCCAUCAUCCCUCCCUUACCUCGAAGAUGUUAAAUGGUUAAUCCGUCAACACCUUCUUCAAUUACUCGAAAGUUACCCUUCACUUCAACCUAAAACCGCUACUUUCACACAUAACGAUGGUAGAACAGUAAAUCUAUUACAAGCUGAAGGUACUAUCCCUAUGGUAUAUCAACAAGUUACUUAUAAUAUCCCUGUUAUUAUUUGGUUAAUGGAAUCUUAUCCACGUCAUCCACCUUUGGUUUUUGUUAACCCGACCCGAGAUAUGGUUAUUAAACAUUCCCACCCCUUUGUUAACCCAUCUGGUGUUGUCGGUAUUCCUUAUUUGCAAAAUUGGGUUUACCCAAGUUCGAAUCUUGUUGAAUUAGCUAGGAAUUUGAGUCAUUUUUUUGGUAGGGACCCGCCUUUAUACGCGAAACGACCGUCAAACCCUAACCCUAACCCUAGCCCUAGCACACAUCCACCCCCAAGUACGAGUUUUUCGCUCGGCGGGUCGAUCCGGCCCGCGAUACCUCCACGGGCAUUUCCGCAAUCGCCGUAUGGGAGUGGUGGUGGUGGUGGGACGGGGCGGGUAAUGGAUGAUCCGUCGGAGGUUUAUAAGAGGAACGCGAUAGAUAAGCUAGUUGGGAGUUUACAUAGGGAUAUAAUCGGGUUGAGGGAAGCGCGAGAGACGGAUAUGGAGGGGUUGUUUAAUGCGCAAGGGGUGUUGAAGCAACGCGAAGAGGAACUGAAACACGGGUUAAAGGGAAUGUUGGAUGAGAAAGAAGGGUUGGAGCAGCAAUUACAGAUGGUUUUGAUGAAUAGUGAUGUGUUGGAAGGAUGGUUGAGGGAAAACGAAGGGAAAUUGAAGAAUUUAGGGAAUGUGGAUGUGGAUACGGCGUUUGAGCCGAGUGAUGUUCUUUCUAAGCAGAUGUUGGAUUCUACGGCAUCAGAUCUGGCAUUAGAGGAUGUGAUUUAUUCUUUGGAUAAAGCUAUACAAGGCGGGGCAAUACCGUUUGAUCAGUACUUGAGGAACGUAAGGUUGUUGUCGCGCGAUCAGUUCUUUCAUCGCGCUACAGCGUCGAAGGUUAGGGCUGCUCAGAUGCAAGCUCAAGUUGCUAAUAUGGCUGCUAGAACAUCACCAUAUGCAUUGUGAUAGAGGUUUGAAUUACUUGCAGUCGUGUUUGCUAUAGACUGAAGGUCAUUAUAUUUUCAAGGUUGGUUACUUGUGAAUAAUCUGCCAAUGUGCUAUAUAUGUCCUACCAAUAGAUUUUGACACUACAUUUUGGCUUGGCUGUUUAAUUGGUAUUUAUUGAUUGUAUCAUUUUGUUACUGAAGUAUAAUCAUAUUUAAGGGAUUUUCCC